GGCGGGAAGGCUGGGCGGGCCAAAGUGGGGAGGAUGGCACGCAAGCGCGAUGGGAGCUUGGAGAGCCCCACGCGGGCGCUCUCAGAGCCGCGGCAGUGGCUCUUGCAGUUCAGCUGCGAAGGGGCCUCCGGGCAGCGAGGUUGUGGAGACGGAGUGAGCCGACCGCUGUUGGGAGCGGGAAGCAGCUGGGCUCGCUCCGGCCGAGCGGCUCUCCGAGGCAGAGCGGCAGCUGCUCUCCGGUGCCACCCCGGCCAGCCAUGGGGUAAAGCGAGCGAGCGAGUGAGCGGAGUGGAGCGCGGACUGAACAAUAAAAAGCUGCUGCCGGCUCCUCCCGCUGCCGAGUCUGACGGACGGACUGGCUGACUAGCUAGGUGGGGGGGACGGAGCGAAGAGACUGGGGGGCUCUCAGGCGCGCAGCCAGCCAGCCAGCCAGCGAACAGCGGCCGGGGAGCGAAAGUGGAACGAGGCGGAACGGCGGGCAGAAGAAGCGAGCAGCGCACGGCGGCGGAUGCUUUCCACGGCCGGGGGUUGUUGGUGGCGGCGGCGGCGGCAGAGAAAGAGGACGAGAGCGGCGGCGGCGGCGGCAGUAGUAGUAGCGGAGAGAUGAUCGCGGAGUUGGUGAGCAGCGCGCUGGGGCUCGUCCUGUACCUCAAUACCCUCAGCGCGGAUUUCUGCUACGAUGACAGCCGAGCAAUCAAGACAAACCAGGAUCUUCUCCCGGAAACGCCAUGGACCCAGAUAUUCUACAAUGACUUCUGGGGAACUCUCCUUACCCACAGUGGGAGCCAUAAAUCGUACCGGCCUCUCUGCACACUCUCUUUUCGCAUUAACUAUGCUAUUGGAGGAAUGGAUCCUUGGAGCUACCAUCUUAUAAAUGUCUUCUUACAUGCUGCAGUCACAGGUCUCUUCACAAAUUUUUCCCGAAUACUGUUUGGUGACGGAUAUUGGACCUUACUUGCUGGCCUGCUGUUUGCGUCUCAUCCUAUCCAUACUGAAGCGGUGGCAGGAAUUGUGGGAAGGGCUGAUAUCGGAGCUUGCUUUUUCUUUCUACUCUCCCUAAUGUGUUAUACUAAGCACUGCUGCGCAAGAAGCUACUCAGAAGGAACCUGGGGCUGGAUCUUGGGUGCAGGGUUAUGUGCCACUUGCAGCAUGUUGUGGAAGGAGCAAGGAGUGACUGUUCUUGCUGUUUCGGCCGUUUACGAUAUCUUUGUGUUUCACAGGCUGAAAUUGCACCAAAUCAUUCCUGCUAUCUACAAGAGGAAGAAUUUACCGCUUCUUUUGAGCAUUGGUUUAUUGAUCUUCUGGGGAGCUUUGCUGCUAGGUGUUCGCUUCUACUGGAUGGGGAACAAACCUCCCAGCUUUUCCAACUCUGACAACCCAGCAGCUGACUCGGACAGUUUUCUAACACGAACUCUGACCUUUUUUUACCUGCCAACCAAAAACCUUUGGCUAUUGCUGUGCCCGGAUACCCUUAGCUUUGACUGGUCCAUGGAUGCUGUGCCUCUUCUCAAAAUAGUCAGUGACUGGAGGAAUCUACACACAGUGGCCUUUUAUUCUGGACUUCUCCUCCUUGCUUACUCUGGUUUGAAAAGCUCCAGCAAAGAGAAAGAAUGCAAUGGGAAAAAUGUAACAAAUGGCAAGCUGAAUAUCAAUGGCCAUAACUGCCUAUCAGAAAUUGAAUAUAAAAGCUUUGUAUCUAAAGAAGAAAAUGGCAUUAACAAGCCCUUUCCACAAAGACCGCAGCUUCCUUCAACUGAGAACAUUGUAGUGCUAUCUCUGUCUUUGUUAAUUGUGCCCUUUAUUCCUGCCACAAACUUGUUUUUUUAUGUAGGCUUUGUAAUAGCAGAGCGUGUGUUGUAUAUACCUAGUAUGGGCUUCUGCCUGCUGAUCACGGUGGGCACCAGAGCCCUCUAUGUCAAAGCUGAUAAGCGCUUUCUGAAGAACUUGAUUUUUUUUGCCACUGCUGCAUUAAUUUUUUUCUAUGGACUCAAAACUUUUGUCAGGAACAGUGACUGGCAGAAUGAAGAGAUGCUGUAUAAGUCAGGGAUAAAAGUAAAUCCAGCAAAAGCAUGGGGUAACCUUGGAAAUGUUCUGAAGAGCCAGAGCAAGAUUUCUGAAGCUGAAAGCGCCUAUAGAAAUGCCUUGUACUACCGCAGCAACAUGGCUGAUAUGCUUUAUAAUUUAGGAUUGCUGUUGCAGGAAAACAGCAGGUUUUCAGAAGCACUACAUUACUAUAAAUUGGCCAUUGGCAGCAGACCUACUUUAGCCUCUGCCUAUUUGAAUACUGGUAUCAUAUUGAUGAACCAGGGCAAGGCUGAUGAAGCCAGGAAGACAUUCUUGAAGUGUUCAGAAAUUCCUGAUGAAAAUUUAAAAGAUCCUCAUGCUCACAAGAGCUCUGUUACCAGCUGCCUUUAUAAUUUGGGGAAACUCUAUCAUGAACAGGGACAGUAUGAGGAUGCUCUUACAGUUUACAAAGAAGCAAUACAGAAAAUGCCAAGACAGUUUGCACCACAGAGCUUAUACAACAUGAUGGGAGAAGCCUACAUGAGACUCAGUAGAUUGCCCGAAGCAGAACACUGGUACGUGGAAUCGCUUCGCUCCAAAACAGACCACAUCCCAGCUCAUCUCACAUAUGGGAAACUCCUGGCUUUAACAGGUCGUAAGAGUGAAGCAGAAAAAUAUUUCUUGAAGGCAAUUCAACUGGAUCCUACCAAGGGAAACUGUUACAUGCAUUAUGGACAGUUUCUCCUAGAAGAAUCUCGCCUGAUAGAAGCCGCAGAAAUGGCAAAGAAAGCAGCUGAGUUGGAUAACACAGAAUUUGAUGUUGUCUUCAAUGCAGCUCACAUGCUCAGACAAGCUAGCCUUAAUGAAGCAGCUGAGAAAUAUUACAAAAUGGCGGCUGAGCUGAGACCUAAUUAUCCAGCUGCCCUAAUGAAUCUGGGAGCGAUUCUUCAUCUCAAUGGCAAACUCCUGGAGGCUGAAGCAAACUAUCUCCAUGCCCUUCAGUUUAAGCCUGAUGAUGUCAUCACACAAUCAAAUCUACGCAAACUCUGGAAUAUUAUGGAAAAACAAGGCUUAAGGACAUCCAAAACAUGACACCGGAGGUUGGGAAAGGGAGAGAGAAACCUUGGGACCUUUUUUGUUUUUGUUUUUUGUAAAGGGUGAAAGAAGUCAAAUUCAGAACAACUUCCAGGGCACUAUUUUGUUGAGUGCUCUGACUAGACUGAUGGCAAUUGUCCAAGGUUGUAACUGCUGCUAGGAGAACUUAUAGGGCUGCUCUUUGGUAUGACAUUUUGACAAUGUGAGGGAGGUGGAAAGUCUCUUAGGAACUUCAUGAAGGAGUUGAUACUUACUGCCACAAGCAUAAAAGUGAAAUAGAUUCAAAACUGGAGCAUUUGAAAGGGGCCAUUUCAGUAUAUUCACUGGGUCAUCCCAGUCAUUCUCACACAGUUUAUUUCAUGUGGUUUCUGGUAGAAAAAUCAUGCUAGCCUAUGACAUCCACCCAGCCAACAUGGGAAUUUAGGAAAGGAUAAAGACUGGCUUAAGUUAUUUUUUGAGGCUGUAAUUCAUUAAAAUGUAUAAUAAAACCCAAUGUGUUUGCAAUUUGUCUUGAUAUUGUGUAUCUCCUUAGGGCUUCCUGCUUAUCUGUUUCACAGACUCUCACAGACAUUUGUGGGGGUGGGGGGCAGAAAGAUGUGACACCCUUUGCAAUCUCUCCUGACAAGAUCACAUUUUGUUUGUCUGUUAGAAAAUCUUUUGAUUAAGUUAGCAGAUACGUUGUUGGCUGUGGUUUAUCAUGAGUGGAAUAAGCAAGGGACAGUGAAUGGGACCUAUAUUGUAAUGUAUUUAUUACACACAAAACACACACCAGAAAAUGUACCCAAGCAUUAAGGAGUAAAGCAGGCCUGGAUCUUUGAAAAAUCCUUCUCUUUGUCCAAGUGUACAUUUGAAUUUCCAUCAAAGUAGGUUUUGUUUGCACUUUCUGAUUCUUCUUUUUCUGUCACAGUGGCAGGAAAGGAAGAAUCAGACUUGAACUACCUCGAAGAAUUGAUUGGGAUUGGGAUAUUCAUGCAGAAGGGAUUGUUCUGAAAUACUUAGGGUCAAGCUGGAUGUGGUCACGUGGUUAAUAUGUCUGCCCUAUUCAGCUCCCCUUAUCCAUAUACACCUCAUCUAAAAAGUAGACCAUUCAUCACUUUUGCUGUGAAUGGGCCAGAUAUAUGAACAAACAUGACUUCCCUGUCCUUUAGGACCUUGAAAAGUUAAAACAGUGGCUGACAUCCAGACUAAUGCUGUGCUGAGUUUUCUGAUGCAUGAAAGAGGGGUAUGCCCCUUCCCUCCGCAGUCAUCCAUGCCUCUUGAAAAUAUGUCCUUGAGGAUCCUCCAACCCCUAGGGACAUAUGUUCAGGAGAUACAAGUGGCUGUAGAGGGAUCAGUAGAACUCUACCCAUUUACCUGACUGAAAACGUUGUUGCACAAGCACAAUGUUUGUCUGAAUACUGGCCAGUGUUAUGUAGGACAAACUGGAAAUGACACUGUUCGUGAAAGUAUGCAGACAAUUGAAACAUGAAUAUAUUCGUUCAUAGUAUGGAUUCUCUGGCUUGGUGCUGUCAUGCAGCAUGGAUCCCACAGAGCAGCUAUAUCUCAAUGCAAAGCUGAUGCACAUCUGCCCUCCAUGCCAAAUGGCACUGCAGAUGUGUCCUUAUUCAUGUUAAAACAUAAUGCUAGCUUUCAUACUACAUCUUUGCCUACAGAUUAGCCUAAUGUUUCUGGAAACAUUGAGAGAAAUGCAGUCAGUGGAUAUGUUUUUUAAAUGCUAGCAAUGAGUUUUUCAAUAGAUUGUGAGAAGGCAAACAUUUUGCUACAGGCAGCAAGAAAUUAAAAGGAUUUAGUGUUUUUAGCAUCUAGAGAAUUCACAGGGUGUUAGAGUAAAAGGGAUUAUAUGACUGACAGUGGUUGCCAAUUAUUUUUGCAUAUUGUUAACCUUUUUGCAUACAGAAAAAAAUGUUUGUGCAGAGUCUAAUCCAAAACUUGCAUCUCUAUUUCUCACUGAUAAAGUAGCAGCAUUUUUUUUUAAAAAAAAAUUGUUUAAUAUUUCAGCUUAUUUGGCAUAGUUGUGUUCUCCAAACAAUUUUUUAAAAUAUAGUUUUAAAGGUUAAGCUGUACCAUGCUAUGUCAGGCCACUUACUAUCUCCUUUUACUUGGUAGGCAAUUAUAUAUUUAAUUACUCAAUGGGAUCUAUUUCACAUUCAUGUUUACAGCAAUGGGUAGAAACUUCAGGUCAAACUAGAAGUGACUUCAACCACAUCAUUGGCCCUCCUUGCUUGCUUCCCCUCCCCCAUAACUAGCAUGCACAGAGAACUGACCUGUACUGGGCCUAUGGCAGGGGAUAGGAGGUUUUUCUCCCUACCCCUACAUCCUGUGGUCUCAAUUGUGCAUGCUAUUUGCCCAGUUUGUUUGUUUAAAAAAAAAUAAAGCUUGCCAGGACCAAUGAUGGACUUCAUUUCAUCUAGUCUGGCCCUUAGUCCAGGUUCCAAAGACCUACAUGAGGUAUGUCUAAGGGCUUGCAUACACCAGAGAAAUUUCUGAGCUCCUUGCCACAUCACAAGCUGUUUGGCUUCAAAAGCCAUUAACAAGAAAAUGGCAGGAGCAAUGCUGAUGUUUGAGAAAUGCAGAGCUAGCCACAUGAUUCUCGGUAUCCUGACCUUAUCCCAUAGAGCAUCUUGAAAUCAAGAUGUUCACAUAACUCUUUGUAUGUUACAAGUUUUCUCUUAUGGAGUAGCACCCCAUUGCUAUGCACUUCUGAAGUGGUUGAAGCUCUUUAUUUUCCAAUAGCAGCAACAACAACAAAUUAACUCUUUUCACAACUAUCGCUAGGCUUCUAGUUUGCAUUUCCACAUUAUGUUUUUAAAUGUUUAAGGUGUGUAUGUGUGCUUAGAGGUAAAUGGGGGACACGUUUAUUCUGUGCUUUCUAGACAGUCUGCCUGUGCACCAGCUAUCUUAAUAUAUACGUGUUAAAGAACCUUGGGGUAACUCUUUGUUGACGUGGUCACAAUUAAUGUCGCUGUCUAUUAGAGUCUGAGCUUGCUUUAUUUUCUGCCAGACGUCCAUGUUUCCAGCAAACGUGGUCAUCAUAGGCACUGCCUACCAAGUACAACUCCCUUACAAUGCCCCCUAUGCCUCUUGUUGGGGCUUGUGUAAACCUUUGGCUUUUGCCCAUGGUGCAACCCAAAAAGCUGCUCUAUGAUAGAGUUGGUAAGGAAAAGUUGAAUUCGUAAGAAGCUGAAAUCCAACAUUUUCAAUAUCACAGGUUAAGAUGUAUGAUAAAAUAUAAUGGUAGUUUGAAUCUAUUUACUAUCACACCUACCAUGCCACCCUAUCUUCCUCAAUACCUGUACAAAUAAACUAUGUAUUAACCUGAGACUGAAUUUAGUAUAUAACUGUGGGUAUCCUGCAACUUCUUAAAUUGUAGCUAUCACAUGGCGAUAGCUUCCUGGCUGUAACAUUUGACUCAUAUUCUUUUUUCUUCCUUUCACUGAGUGUUCAUUAUUAUUUUUUUACAUUCAUUGCACAAUAGUGAUUGACACAGAGCACAGUUUUAUGGUAGUAUUGAAGACUGUCUCGUUAAACAAAAAUGACACAUGGAAGUUAGAAGAAGAAUGUUCCAUACAUUUCACUAUAGGGCUGGGCUUUAUAUCUUUCAAUUUUGGAAUAAUUUUAAAAUGUUGUCUCUGCUCAGGGAUUUGUGGUGGAUAUUGCAGACAGUGCUUAAAAAUAAGAGCACAAGUUUACUAAAUUAAAUUUUUAUUUUUUGAGAAAACUGUUAUUUGUAUAAAUUAUCAAGAUUUGUAGGCUUUCCUUUUUUUGUAGAAAUGAUUGUUUAUGUGCCAGAUAAGGAAAUACAAUUUGUUUUCAGUAAUAAAUGAUUGAUAACAAAUA